AUUAUCCCAAGGAACGAAGUUCGGUAGGGAUAUAGUGAUGCCCUCCGUCCGUCAGUCCGUCAGUCAGUCAGUCCGUCCGUCCGUCCGGAAGAUAACUCAAAUAUUAGUUGACGGAUUUUCUUCAUAUUUGGUGAAAAGAUGUACAUUGAUGAAUAGUUUUACGCAAAAAAAUAUUUUUUCAAGAUGGCCGCCGCUUUAAAAAUGACGGGACUUUUUCGUAAAAAUCAUAAAUUUUUCAUUCUAAACCAAAGUAAAAAAAUCCAAGAUGGCCGCCAACUUUUAAAUGUCUCAAAUUUUGCUCCUGAAGUUAUCUACUUUUUCAGUAAAUUAAUAACUCUUGUGGAUAUUCAAAACUGAAUUAGAUUAUACAUGAAUAUACAGAGAACACUUUGGAUAAGUAAAAGCACACUCAUUAUAACUGUAUCAUCUGAUAUAAGCAAAUAAAAGGAUUGGAUUUUAAGACAAAGGAAACUGAAAAAAAAACUUGAAUGCAUCUUUACUCAGAAAAUUGAACACUCUAGUUUGGAUUAAUAAUCAUGCAGGAGUCAUCAAUAAUCUUGGAUUAAAUAUAUCAGUUAAUAGUGGAAUCUUAUAUAAUGCUAAAUGUGAUUUAAAAUGAUAUAUUAAACAUUUAAAAGACAACUUUUAAAGUUAAGUGGGAGGUGAAUGGAACAGCCAAUUAUUUAUUAGAACAAUAGUGUAACUGUCACAUAAUGUAGAACUGUAUACUAUAGUAUCUAAUAGGAUUAACAAUGCACUCAUAAUAAGGAUUUAAUCUCCUACAUGUAAACAAUAAACAAAUCAUGGCUAAAGAUCGACCACGAAGAUCUUGUACCAUUUUGUCCCCAGGCAAUCCUGUCAUGUAUUCUUCACCAGACUUAAAAGGAAAGAAAAGAAGAAACAACAACAAGAAAAACAUGAAAACGUUGAAACAAAAUAAAGAGACACUGCAUGAGAAUCACGCUUAUACAGAUUUAGACAAUACAGGAAUACUUGAGCUUGGGGAAAACUGCAAAAAUCUUGUCUUCUAUACAGACAGAGUGCCCAUUUGGAUUGACGCAGUUCAGAGCUUUUAAAAACAAAUCCAUGAAGGCAUCUGCAACUAGACUUGAGUAUGGUCUUCUUAUCUCAGUGAAAGAUCACAUAAACAUUAAGAUCAGUGAUUCUGGCAUCGUGUCAGUGCAAGGUGAAAAUCUUGAGGAUUGGAAAGAUAAUGAUUACCAGCUCAUAAGGGACACAUUUGAAAAUCAUAACUUGUCCCCAUCAUUGACCUCAACCCCUCUUAUUCAAAGUGACAUAGCAAAGUCACAAUCCAGCCCAUCAUCUGAUGAGAGUUUCAAUGGCUUUUUAUCAAUUGAGAUUGAUUCUGUAGCUCCCAUUGACAAAUUAGAUGAUUGUGAAGACAGCCUGGUUUAUUUCUCAGAAAUGGAAUUGAAUAGCUCAUCAUCUGACAUAUCUCAGUCAAUUUUGAAGCAACCUACCACACUGAUUGUUCCAGACUCACAACCAUGUUCAGUAGACGGUGCACAAUCUCAACCUGCAACAGGGGACCUUCAAAUAACACAAACUCCCACAUCGCCUGAUAUACUGGUUGUUCCAGACUCGCAACCAUCACAAAUAACCGCAGAAAAUCAGACUGCUGAUGUGUGUGAGCAACCUGAGUCCGCUUCCUCACUAACAUCACCAAAAUCCUCACAACUACAAGGUUCCUUGGAACACUCUGAGCUAAACGUGCAAAAUAAAAAACUGAGGGCAAGGCUUAUAAAAUUAGAGGCUAAGAAUGAAGUCAUUGAAGCAAAAUACCACACAGAAAUAAUUGCCAAAAACGCGAAAAUUACAGAUCUCAUGACGAGACUAGCUACGUGCCAAAAGCAAUGUCACGAUGACAUGAAAAUAGUUACUGAUACGCAUCAAAUAAGAGUCAAUGAACUUGAAAAUGAAAUUCAAUCAAGCAAAGAUAAGUUGUCAGUUCUAACCAAAGAGCUUGAUGGUGCAAAAGUUGACAAUGAAACUCUCUACAGAAAAGUGCAAUUACUUACAACCCAACUAAAAUCAAUGCCAUCAAAAUCAGAAGAUGAGGUGAUAAGUUGUAGCCAACCACAGAGUAUUUCAAGAAAUACCUCAUCCCCUGACUCUAACUCUGCUGAAAAGGGAAAAUCUAAAACCAAACACGUUGAAUUGGAAAAAAAGUCAACCUCCAAACCCAAACCAGUGGUUAAUGACUCAAAAUUCUCUGGACAUCAAAGGGAUACUACUCCAACAGUACAUCUCAUGUAUUCCUCUAAUGGGAAGAAGAUGGCAGGUACAAUGAGGGCUUUCUCCAAUAAUAAGGUUAAAGUCACAGCCUCAGUCUAUAGUGGAGGCAAUAUCCAGAUGGCCACGAAUGUCAUUCGCCAGGGUGACAUUGCAAAAUCAACAGAUUAUAAAAUCAUUGGUUUUGGGACAAAUAACAUAAAAAGUGACAACCCCACAGAUAUAGUAUACGAAUUGAAGAAUUUGGUACAAACUGCCAGAUCUCACCACCCUUCCUCUAAACUUAUACUCUGUGGCAUUCAUCACCGCUGUGAUUCCGAUGAUAACUCACAUAUUUAUAUGAUGAACAAUGACAUCGACUACAUUAAUGCUCAGAUGGCUGAGUUCUGUAGGAAUCAGAAAGUAGACUUUAUUGACAUUAACAGCAUAAACAGGUCUACAGCGAGAAACCCCAACUUCAGCGUACUGAAUAAUGAUGGACUUCACUUCAAUACGAGAGGGCGUAACAUACUCGCUAUUGCUAUGCUUGAAAUCAUAAAACAGAACUCUGGAAAAACGUACGCAAAUAUUAUAGCGAGCCGACGAGCUGCAACCCACAAUACUAGAGACCCUCCGAUGCCCCGCUCCAAGAGUUAUUUAUAA